AUGGGUGUCAAUAAGAAGUUGAUUGUCUGUGCCAUUGGAAUUUUUGUUUGUUAUUUUUAUUAUGGCAUUUUACAAGAAAAAAUAACGAAAGGAAAGUAUGGAGAAGGAGAAGAAAGAGAGAAGUUUGUUUAUACGUUAUCGUUGGUUUUUGUGCAGUGUAUUGUUAAUGUACUUGCAGCAUAUUUAGGAACAAAGUAUAUGCAGAAAAAAGUGGACGCCACGCCAACUAAAUAUUAUAUAGCGUGUUCGUUGACGUAUCUAGGUGCUAUGUUAGCCAGUAACCACGCUUUACAACACGUCUCUUAUCCUACUCAGGUUCUAGGUAAAACUAUAAAACCUAUACCUGUAAUGAUAUUAGGUGUAUUAAUAGCUAGAAAACGUUACCCACUAGUAAAAUAUUUAUUUGUAUUGAUGAUUGUACUUGGUGUAGCGUUAUUUAUGUAUAAAGAUGAUAAGGCGGCUAAAUCUGAUAAACAUGAAAUUGGAAUCGGUGAAUUUUUAUUGCUAGUUUCUCUAACUCUAGAUGGACUAACAGGAGCUAGUCAAGAUAAGAUGAGAUCUGAAUAUUCUACUCAAGGCUACAGUAUGAUGUUUUUUGUUAAUUUAUUUUCUAUUCUAUGGUUAUUUAUAGGAUUAAUAGUAACCGGUGAAGGAUUGUUAUUUUUAAGUUUUUCCACUCGAUUUCCAGUCGUCUGGUUUAAUUUGUUAUCAUUUAGUUUAGCCAGUGCUCUUGGACAGAUAUUUAUAUUUACCACUGUGACGACGUUCGGACCUUUAACGUGUUCUAUUGUUACCACGACCAGAAAAUUCUUUACCAUUUUAACCUCAGUUUUAAUAUUCCAAAAUCCCAUGGGUGGGAAACAAUGGAUUGGAACAGUGUUAGUUUUUAUUGGACUCGGAUUUGACAGUGUAUAUGGCAAGGAGAAAAAGAAAAAAUAA